AUGCAGCAACCAGGGCAGCAACAGCAGCAACAGCUGCUGGAGCAGCAGCAGCGGCUGCUGGAGCAGCAGCAACAGCUGCUGGAACAACAGCAGCUGCUGGAGCAGCAGCUGCUGGAACAGCAGCAGAAACAACUACAGCACCAACAGAUGCAGCAACCACAGGUGGAGCAGCAGCAGCAGCACGCAGAGCUUAUUCAGCACCCGUGUAACGCUGCCUGUCGACAAACACAAACGCGUCAACAGGAGCCACAGCGUGCCGUGCACCGGCAGCAUCAGGGAAGCCUGCUAAAUCAGCAAUGGGAGCAGCAGCAGCUGCUUCUGCAACAGCAUCAACAGCAGCAGCUGUUGCAUCGUCAACAGCUGCAGCAGCUUCAGCAGCUUCGGCAACACGGACUGAACCUGAUGGACCAUGACCAGUUGGCUAGGCGCCACUAUAUAGAGCGGCAAGGGCUGCUGCAGGAGCAGCAGCAGCAGAUGCAUAGGCUGCAGUCUCAGCAGCACGAGCAGGAGCAGCAGCAUAAGCAGCGCCAUCUUCAGCAGCAGCUGUUGCGCUACCGUUCUUUUUGUGAGAAUGCUAGAGCACCAGGUCCCCGCUUUCAUUUGUCAGGAGGUCGCGGGGGCAGUCGCCGCAGCUCCAGUGAAGUGCCUUGCGGUCUCACUGCGGCAAAAGCAACAACUGUAACGGCUGCGGGUGCUGCUGCCGCACCACCGGCUGCUGCUGAGGCAGUUGGCACUGCGGAGGACCUUGACCCCGCAACAGCCACUGCAGUAGCAGCAGCAAAAUCAGAGGACGUGAAUGGCACGAGGCUUCCCGAUGCAGCGACGCAGCUGUUGCGGGGAUGUCUGUCUAAGCAGCUAGCUGGGCCCCGUCUUUCAGAGUUGGCACUGCUGCCUCGGCUGUUCCAUGCACUUGCGCGUCCCAGAAGCAACAGAAGUAGCAACAGCUGCACCGAUAGCAGCUGGGAUGCAGGCGAGAGCAAUAACAGCGGCAGGCAAAGCAGUAGCAGCAGAGAACUUUACAGCCAGACAGCGGAGACGUUUGCUCGGGAGUUGUUGCGCCGCAGCGUCCUGCACGACCCGAUAUCCGCUAUGAAGGCCCUCAUUGUGGCACACAGGCUUUUGGCGCAGAUUCCCGUUGACGCCUUUCUUGGGUCCUCCCUACAAAAGCUUCCUGGGCAAAUACUGCGCAUUUGGUCAGCCACGGCCUUGCAACCUGCAGCUGCAGCAGCAGCAGCAGCUGCGGCAGACGGGGACGCGAGCGCAGCUACGACGGCAACAGCAGCAGCAGCAUCUACCCCUGAGGGCGCGGUUUGUGCGUGCGCGGAUUUCUUCGCUGAGAAACUGCGGCUCCAUCUGCAGCUGGUAGACUGCUGCACGGGGACUUGGUCAGUCUCUCGAUUUUUGCGAGCAAAUGGGGUGUCGCUUGAGACACUGGUCGCCUUCGAAGCGGAAGGCGUCGUCUCCCUUAAUUCUUCCGUUUCGGUGCAGCUAGUCAGCAUGCUGCACCGCGGCUGCACUCUGUGUUUGCUGCUGUUACAGCAAAGGGGCACAAGCCUCUUUGCUGUGAGCAGCACUUACUUAGUCUUUCUUAUUGAUGACAUUUGGGGGGUGGCGGCGUUGCUGCUGCGCCUGCUGCACGCGCUGCUGCAGCGCUGCAUGCGCCCAGCAGUUGCGGCGGGAGGAGGCUCGGCUUUGGUGUCACUCCUGGCUUCUCUUGCGAAUCCUCUAAAAGAGGCCCUUAGGGAUAUGCAGCUAGCAGCAGAGAAGUGUGCAGCUGCCGGGAGCUACUGCUCGCUGCUGCAGCGCAUGCGCCCCCCACCGCCGGAGACGCUGCUGCUGCUUGACGACUUGAAGAAGCAGCACCAGCAGCAGCAACAGUACUCACGGCUGCUGCUGCAGCGUAAUCAGAUGCUACCCUACAGGCCUUCUUCUGCAGCGCGAAAGUCGAUGCAGGCUGUUGCGCAGCUUCCUCUGCCGGCUGACCUGGAGGCCGUUGCUGCUGCUGCUGUAGCGGGGGGGGCAGAAGCGGCAGCAACAGCAGCGGACGCUGACGCCAAGUGGGUUGAAUUUCUCAGCAUUGAGGAUGUGUAUUUGUUGCUCAGUGACACCUCCGUAGAAAUGGCGAUGCUGAUGCAGGAGCCGCCCAGGUGCCACCGCGGCAGCAACACGCGCAGUGGCAGCAGUAGCAUCAACAGCAACAGCCCCAGCAACAACAGAGUGGCUGGCAGCAACACCAACAGUAGAACUGAGGGACAGAAACAAGGGAAUUGGCAACAGCAAGGCCGAACGGGAUCUCAUUCUGCAAGUGAGCAGGCAGCUACUACAGCAGCAGCAGGACCUGCAGCUGUGGCUGCCGCAGAAUCUCACCGUUUAUGUUUCAGCAGCGAAUGCAACAGCGGCACAUCUGGUGCAGCCGUGGCAGAUGGGGAAGGCUUUCAUCCACAACAGCAGCACCAAGUUUCGCAACAACGACGGCAGGAUCAGCAGCGGCUACAGCAACAACACCAGGAUGCGGGGGUUGCUGCAGACGUUGAAGAAGAAUCUAGAGCAGCAGCAGAUGCUGUUGACGUAGCGAUGGCUGCUGCUGCCCCUGUGCCUGUAGCAGCAGCAACAUCCGCAGCGGCUUCUGCUGAUGCCGCCCAGGGCUCCCCAGCUGUUGCCGACUUACGGUCCAUUAUUGGGGGCGGCGAGUCUCUGCAGCGUCCACUUCAGCAGUCAAUACAACAACCGAUUAUGCAGCAUCGGUAUGAGUACCAGCAAGUGUAUAAUACGCAGCAGUACACUCAACAUUAUGAGCAACUACAGCAACCACAGCAACAACAGCUGGAACACCAACUGUUGCCGCAGCAACCCAGCCAACAGCAGCAACACCAAGUACACCCGCAUCAGCAACAGCAACAACUCGUUGAGGCGCUGCAGCUACAACAGCUGCAACAAUGCGGGAAACAGCUCGAGCAUUCGCAGCCUUAUCACCAGCAGCCGCAGCACCAGCAGCAGUGGCUGCAAGGCAGCACAGUUGACCCUUUGUGUGCUUCUGUUUUUCAGCUCCAGCAUGAGUUUCCUCAGCAGCCAGGAUUUCAGCAGCAUUUGCCACAGCAACAGCAAUUACUGCAGCAGCAACAGUUGCAACAACGGCAACAGCUACAGCAACAACAACAGCAGCAGCUCCUUAUGCAGCAUCCGGAUAUGCACUACAAGCAGCAGCUGCAGCGGUUUCGUCAGCAGGAAAUGCGGCAGCAAGAGCGUGAGUUGCAGCACCAACAGCAGUACCAGUUGCAGCAGCAGAUCCUGCUCCAGGUGCAGCAACAGCAGCCGGCCUUGCUGCACCACCCGUCAUACUACCUGCAGGAUAACCAGCAACUCUGUGCGCGGAACCAAUAUCAGCAGCAGCAGUACCCGCAGCAGCUGCAGCAGCACCAACUGCAGCAAAUGCAGCAGCACCAGUUGCAGCAGUUGCAGCAACAGCAGCUGGCACAGACCUCAGAGUGGCAGGGCGUAGUAGAAAGGCCAAGCUGGCCUGCGACGCCGUCCUUGUCAGCCGCUGCCGCAGCAGCAGCCGCAGUUGCAGCAGCUGCUGCUGCAGCAGGAUCCGGCGGCGGAAUUGCGUUGGCAUGCGACUGUGUGGCUUGCCGCGGUAGCAGUGGCCGCAGCAUCUGCUGCCUGAGGGGUCUGAAAGCCAGGCUGGAGGCGUUGAAUCUUGGAGUUGAUCCUAGAGAGUUGAAGAUCAACUCUAGAAUCGGAAGCGGUGCAUCAGGAACCGUUUUAAAGGCCGCAUGGAGAGGCUGUGAUGUGGCAGUGAAAGUACUGCCGAUGGUGCAGCAGCAGCUGUUGCAGCAGCAACAGCAGCAAGGAAGAAACGCGUCUGUUGCUGCUGCUGCGGCAGCAGCCGCGGCAGCGCGAGAGCUACAAAUUAUGAAGCGGCUGAGGUGCCCAAACCUCGUUCUGCUGAUGGGGGCAUGCGCGCUGGACGCCGACGCUGCGAGCAGCAGCAACAGCAGCAGCAUUACCAGCAGCAGGAACAGCAGCAGCGGCUCCUUGAAUUCGAAUAGCGCAGCGGAGCUGCUAGCAGCAAGCGGAUGUUGCGGUCCGGGGCUCGCAGUGGUGAUGGAGUUGUGUGCUGGGGGCAGUUUGUUUAGUUUGCUGCACGGGAGGCCGGAGGAUGCGCUCGCUGCUGUUGCUGCGCCUCCUCCUGAAGUUCCUGCAGCUUCUUUGUCGGCGGUUCCUGCUGCAGCUCCUGCUGCUGAGGCUGCGAAUGCUGCGGCGGCUGCUGCUCCUCCAUGUGCUGCCUCCGCGGGGUCUGAAGCAGCUCAUGACAACUCGCCUUCAGCUCCCCGAAGCUGCACUCCUGGAAGUUUACCAGGAAACGCAGUAACAGCAGAGGCGUCAAGUGCAAUGGCAAACAUAUCAACGGCUACAGCGACGCACGAAGCCUCCGAAGACCUCAAACAACAGGAUUGUCAGCAGCGUCGCCCUCAUCUCAAGGAGCAGGAUCAGGAACCAUACUCACUGCCGCAGCGCCCUCCACAGCCUCCCCCGCAGAAGACACCCCAGCACCAGCAGCAGCAGCAGCCGGCGCAACCUCCAGAGCAGCGGCGGCGCUUGACGUGGGCUCAGAAGCUAAAGGUCGCUCUCGACGUUGCCCGGGGCUGUGCUUAUCUGCAUGCAUCACAGCCUCCGGUUGUGCAUCGGGACUUAAAAAGCCUAAACAUUUUGCUGGUCGAGAGAAUCACGAGCGACAAACAAACUCCUUUUGCAAAGGUAGCGGAUUUUGGCUUGAGUCGUCUGGCCACAGCAACGGGUCGUGGUGGCGAUUCCGCAGCAGCAGCGGCUGCUGCUGCGGCGGCUGCAGCAACAGCAGUGCAGCUGGAAGGGUAUUCGUGUGGACCAGCGCCGAUUCCUGGUGCCAUACGGACACGAGCAGUAGGCACAGUGCAUUGGAUGCCGCCGGAGGUUAUGCGGGGCCUUCCCCAGGGCCCCCCCGUCGAUGUGUUUGCCUUUGGCAUUGUUCUGUACGAGUUGGCUGCUGAAGCUCUUCCGUACCUCCGACCGAGAGACGCUCCCUUGCAGCAGCGCCAGCAGGAGCAGCAACAGGAGCAGCAACAGCAACAGCAGAUAGAUCGGAGGAAUGCUUGGCUGCCGCCUCCCCCAGACAUUUGUGCCGCAGUGCUUCGAGGGGAACGCCCAGAUGAGCGUUUCAUUUUGCCCAUGUGUCCACCCGUGCUGCGAGACUUGAUGCGCCGUUGCUGGGCAGAGGAUCCUUGGGCCCGACCGACAUUCGCUGAAGUCGUUGAAGAACUGAAGGCUGCUUUAGAACCAUCGUAA